UGCGUGGGGGGAAGGUCCUGGCCCAGAGGUGACGGUGGGGGGAGAGAGAGAAGGCGACUGCUGAGGGACGGGGCCCGGCGGGGAGGGGGGCAACGGAGGCAGAGGGCGAACGUGUGCCACCAUCACAAUGCCUGAAGUAAGCACAGACCACCUGGAUGAGCAGCAGGUGCAGCUCUUGGCAGAGAUGUGCAUCCUGAUUGAUGAAAAUGAUAAUAAGAUUGGAGCAGAUACCAAGAAAAACUGCCACUUGAAUGAGAACAUUGAUAAAGGUCUACUGCACCGAGCUUUCAGUGUUUUCUUAUUUAAUACAGAAAAUAAACUGUUACUACAGCAGAGGUCAAGUGCAAAAAUUACAUUUCCAGAUUGCUUUACCAACACUUGUUGCAGUCAUCCUCUAAGCCAUCCAUUGGAACUGGAAGAAAAUAAUGCCAUUGGUGUUCGGAGAGCAGCACAGAGACGACUCAAAGCAGAGUUAGGAAUUCCCAUGGAGCAGGUGACUCCAGAAGAAAUCCAGUACCUGACACGGAUUCACUACAAGGCCAAGUCCGAUGGGAUCUGGGGAGAACAUGAGAUAGACUACAUCUUAUUUGUACAGAAGGAUGUAACUCUUAAUCCUGACCCUAAUGAGAUCCAAAGCCACUGCUACGUGACGCAGAAGGAACUGAAACAGCUCUUGGACAAAGCUUCCAGGGAUGAAGUUAAGAUUACUCCGUGGUUUAAACUCAUUGCAGAGGCUUUUCUUUUUAAGUGGUGGGAUAACUUGCAUAACUUGAACAAAUUCAUUGAUCAUGAGAAAAUACACCGAAUGUAACUGGGGAAAAGGAUGCUGAAGGCUGGCAGUGAUGUGCUCUCAUUGACACGAUGGUAGCUCGUGACUCAGUUACUGUCUGCAGAAAACUUGGAGCAUGUUUAGUAAUGUGUUCUCAUACAGAGAUGGUUAUAGCCAGUGGUUUUUUUUCCUGUCUUCACCUUUUAGUCCCCCAGCCCUGUUUCUCUUGGGAGUGUUACCAUUGAUCUCAUGUAAAAUGGGUAGUGGCAACAUAAGAAACAUCUGGGCUCAUUCUUCUCCACUACCUGAUGUGAUACAUAAGAUCCUCAGCCUGAGUGUGCCGACUUUGCUCUUGCUCCGUUGCACAACUCCACACCCUGUCCUGCUCCUCCAGUGGGCCUGGCCCCUAUGCAGCAGCAGUGACACACGGAGGCAAGCUCUGCACUGAUGCUGAGCAGAUAGGUUGCCUGAAGAAAAACCCAAUUAAUUCAAAGUAAUCAGGAUGACUUUAAUUGCAGAAAGCAAGUCUCUUCAGCUAGUGUACUCUAUAAUUAACUGAGCACAUAAAAGCUUAAGUAAUUGGAUUGUCUGUGUGGAUAGUUUCACUUUGAAGUGCUGCAAUAUAUGUCAUAGCUUUAGAUAAUAAGCCAAACACCCCCUCUGCCCAAUGUUGUUUUUUUUUCCCCACCAACCUUUUCUGGUCAGUUUAUGGCUAGAUACUGGACAUGUCUUAAAAAAAGAGGAGGGAUGUUAAUUGUAGCACACACAAACAGUACUUAUCUAACACAGGAAUUAAAUGGCUUUUCUCCAAUUUUCAGAAAACAAAGGCAUCCUGACAGGAGUUUUUUUUUCAUACAGCAUCUGCUGUAAUGGUCACUUCCAGACAGCUCAAACUCCUUAUACUCCAAAAUUCAAGAUGAACUACUUGUGGGCUUACAUCAGGUCUUGAUUUUGGUUCACCAGAAGUUCCACCAUGGUGCAAGAGCUAAUCUUUUUUGAUCUUGAUGUCAAGGCUUUAUAAAGUAAAAGGCUUUAUAAAG